AUGGUCAGACUGGAGACUUUCAUGCUUCAGCUUGAGGGUGGCAAUAAACAGAAAGCUUUGAGAAGGCUACAGGUCCCACCGAGGGGAAUGGAACAGACAGCUGGUCAGUGGAUAACCUUCCGGAUUGGUGUCACCUGUGGCCUUGUGAUAGCUCUGCUAACGUUAAUUGCUUUUAAAGUGUGGAAUGAACCGCACCUAGAGCAUCUGAAGGCACUCCAGCUCUACAGAGGCAGCUUUCUGCUGAUUGAGUUCCUGUUCUUCAUGGGACUGAGCAUGUGUUGCUGGGGGAAAUCUGGGAUCAAUCAAGUCCUCAUCUUUGAGCUGGAUCCCAGACAACACUUAUCACAUCUACAUGUUUUAGAGGUGGCAGGAUGCUUGGCUGUAUGUUGGUGUGCUAGUGUGCUGGCAUCUCUACAUUCCUCGCUCUUGUCAGUCCCACAGCAGCUCCACCCCCUUUUCUUCCACAGUCUGCUGUUGCUCCUGCUGUUAAACCCCACCCCAACAUGUCACUCUCGUUCUCGUCGCUGGCUCCUGACUGUGAUGUGGAAUGUCUUGACAGCAGCUUUCCGGCCUGUUGGGUUUGCAGAGUGCUGGUUAGCUGACCAGCUUAACAGUCUAAGCCCCCUCAUCCUGAGCCUGUGGGAGAUGCUGUGCUUCUACACUGCUCAAAUAGGCUGGAAAGAUCUGCAGGAUGAGAGCCUGGACUGGGAGAAGCAGAGUAAAGUAGUCCCAUGUCUGAUUCAGUGCUUCCCUCCAUGGCUGAGGUUCACUCAGUGUCUGAGAUGUUUCUGGGACAGUGGUCGUACACUGCACCUUCUAAACGCUGGAAAAUACUCUACUGUUUUUCUCAUGGUCACCUUCGCUGGCCUCUACAACAUAGCAAAAGGUAGAGUGAUCUCUGCUUAA